CCGCCCAGUACAGCCCGCCCACUGCCUGUGAAAGCUGGCCGCUAGAAUUGUGGGUGCGGCUGAGGCGGUAAAAUGGAGGACCUAGCAAACGAAGACAAACCCGCCAUAGCGCCUCCAGUGUUUGUGUUUCAAAAAGACAAAGCCCAAAAGAGGUCUGCAGAAGGAUCCAGUCCAGAACAAGGUGACGAUUCUGAUAAAGAGGAUGGAAGUUAUUGCCCUCCACCAAAAAGAGAACGAACAUCAUCCUUUUCACAGUUUCCACCUUCUCAGUCAGUGACAAAGAACAAUGUCUUCAUGCCAUCCAGCUUCUGUCAGCCCUCCACUGGUAACUCAGACUCAGAACCAGAGGAAAAAUCCAGUGGGUUUAGGCUAAAACCACCUACGUUAAUUCAUGGACAAGCUCCCAGUGCAGGACUCCCCAGCCAGAAACCUAAGGAACAGCAGCGCAGUGUGCUACGUCCAGCGGUGUUACAGGCCCCACAGCCAAAGGCUUUCUCACCACAGUUUUUCAACAGUGGGACAAAUGGCAUCAGUGUGUCCUCUGAGCCGUGUGCAUCAUCCCCAAAUAAACCUAUUUUAAGUGCAGCUGCCCCAACACUUACCUCUGAUAAAGCCAAUGAGGCUCAACCAGAAUCUUCUGCUAGUAAAUUUGCCACGGAGGGCGUAGAGCGAGGGGAGCAAAGUUCGCAGCAGUCGUUUGUUUUUGGGCAAAAUCUUAGAGACAGAGUAAAACUUGGAGCAGAAAAAGAUUCACUUGAUGGGGAAAAGUCUGGCCCACAGAGUGCUGACGCUCCAGCGCAGACUAACUACUUCCUACAGUAUAUUAGCUCCAGCUUGGAGAAUUCGGCGCACAAAGCAGAAGCAGCAAGUAACAAGUUUGUGUUUGGACAAAAUAUGAUUGAGCGAGUUCUGAGUCCGCCCAAAGUAGAGGCAAGUUCUGAUAGCAAUAAGGAAAAUUCUGGUCUGGAUUCUGGUUCAGAGGGGUCUUCGUUGGAAAAUACCCCAGACAAAUCCAAUAACAUCUCUGAAUCACUAGCGGAAUCUGCAGCUGCUUACACAAAGGCCACAGCAAAACGGUGUUUACUGGAAAAAGUGGAAGUGAUCACAGGAGAAGAAGCAGAGAGUAAUGUACUACAAAUCCAGUGCAAACUGUUUGUGUUUGAUAAAGUGUCUCAGUCUUGGGUAGAGAGGGGACGAGGUCUUCUCCGACUAAACGAUAUGGCCUCCACCGAAGAUGGCACGUUGCAGUCUAGACUGGUGAUGCGCACUCAAGGCAGUCUGCGAUUAAUUCUCAACACUAAGCUCUGGGCUCAGAUGCAGAUAGACAAAGCUAGUGAGAAGAGCAUAAGGAUUACUGCAAUGGACACAGAAGACCAGGGUGUAAAAGUCUUUCUAAUAUCUGCAAGCUCUAAAGACACGGGUCAGAUUUUUGCUGCUAUUCACCAUCGCAUCCUUGCUCUUAGGAGUCAUGUAGAGCAGGAGACAGAGACCAAGUGCCCUGAACCAGUAAGGGAGGUGGCCCAGUGCAAUGAGGAAGACAGUGAUGAUGAUGUCCUUACGCCUGCUGUCUCAACCACAGUUGCACCUAGCGAUGAAGGAGACAAGCCACCUACAUCCAGUACAUAGCACCUGCUUACCUUGUCACCAUAUGAUGGUUGUCCUCACCUGGCAGGGUGACAAUCCACAGCUUCCUCUUUCUUUAAUGCCUCAUUGGAGUAUUUUAAGACCAGCUCCUAAUUUAAGGCUGGACUGAGGACACAGACUUUUCAUCCACCCCAGGAACUGUACUAUCUUUUUGUUCACUUUAAGUAAGCCAGAUAAUACAUUCAGUCCCUAAUUAUUUUUUUUAAUAGUUUUGAAGGGGAUCAGGGUGGUAUCCAAACUAAACAUCAUGUAGAAUGCUUGCCUGGGUGCUGACAAUGAAUCAACUCAUCAUAUUGAUGAGCUGAAAGAAAUCCUCUUCUCUCCUUUCUUGUUAACAGCUGUGCAAUCUGAAUUGCCUUUUCCGAAAUUUAACUUUCUUUUAUACGUGCAAAAUUUUUAGUUUUUUUUUUUUUCUUUUUAAUUGUUAUUUUUAGGUUUUUUUUUUUUUUUGGUUUGGUUUGGUUUUUCCUCUUUACCCUCCAACUUACUCAGUGUACAAAUUGCUUUCUCCAGUAGUUGAUUUUUACAUUCGGAUUCCAGUCUUUGCAGGAACAAAUUGGUUACUGAACAGGUAGAGGGACACCUUGCUUGGAUCUAAUCACCUCUGCAUACCCUCAAGCAGCUGCCUUUGGACUGGAAUACUUUCAACAAAGCCGGACUUUUACAAUGCUCUUAAACUAAGAGCUUCUUCCUAUUAAAGACUUAAUAGUCAAAUUGAAUAUUCCCACAACUUGUUUUCAUUUCCCCCUUUCUUUGGUAAUUUUUUCUGGUUUUUUUUUUUUUUUUUUUUUCGUUUAACAUUAUUAUGCUUUUUUUUUUUUUUGUGUGCGAAAAAGUGAAAUGUUAUUUUUUGUAUCCAUAUUUAAGGGAAAGAGUUAAGGAAAACUGUAUCCUAAACUUUGUAUUCUUUGAGUUUUAUUUUUUCGUCUGGUUCUUGUGUUUUUCUGUUGAAUAGCGAGAAGUGACAAGAGGGGUGUGCCUGGCUAAUCAUACUCUAAUUUAAACAGAUUCAAAACCAAAAAGUGUUAUAUACGUCUAAUGUACAUUUUCAAUGUUUAUGCAUUAUCCUGUUAUUUUGGAAGUUGCGUCAGAGCCUUUCAAUACAUGUUUUUUGUGAAGUUGCAGAACCAUCUCAGGAAAAAGUUAUAGUAGCCAGUAUAUUUUGGACCUGUUAAGUCUUGCCUCUCAUCUAUUUAUAGUCCUGUACUCUCGUUUUGUGGUCAUUUAAAAAAAUAUAUAUAUUUACAACA